AACUUAUUAGAUGAAUAAAACAAUGGAUAACAGUUACUAUAAAAUGUGGAUUUAAUUUGUAGUGACUGUUUGUGAUCAAGGUGGACCAAACAUUGCAACUAUUAAUAUGCUAAUCAAAGAAAGCAAUGAUACACGUCAUAAGCCGCGUAAAGAAUACAUUUUUUGUGGGAAAUCAAGAAAUUAUACCGCUAUAUGACUACGUACAUCUAUAGAAAGGAAUACGUAAUAAUUUAUUAACUAAAGAUUUAUUAAUAAAUAAAUAUAAGAAAGAGUCAAUGAAACAGUAUGUAUCGUGGAAUGAUAUUAUUGUUGCAUAUAAGAUGGAUAAAUAUUUCUUUUUACGACAGUGGCAAAUGCCAAAAUUAAAUGACACACAUUUUUGCUGAUCGUAUUCCAAAAAUGAAAGUGAAGUGUGCUACUCAGGUACUAAAUCACACGGUAGCAAAUUUCAUAGACUUGGUAAUCACGUGCAAUAAAGGUAUUGUAAAGACUACAAAAGGAGAUAUGCACUUACCAUCUAGUGCUGCAAUAACGUUAGAUGUUUUAUUGUUUUUUGACGAUUUAUUUGAUUCUUUCAACGGAAAAGAAAGUAAAAAAUAUUCUAGUGUCAUUACUUCCUCAAGUAAUCAUAUACCAUUUUGGCUCAAUAUACUUCGCAAGAUGGACUUUGUUGAUAACAUAAUUCAUAAAUAUAUUCGACACAACACCAAAUAUCUUGCGAAUUGGAUAUAGAUUAUCGAAGGGGGAGCGUUUGACUACAGUACGAUUGGACACCAUCAAUCGGUGAAAAAAAUUAUCUAGUGAAUUACCAGAUCGAACCAAUCAUUAUAAUCUGUGUCCAAUCGUACCGUGGUUAAUCGGAUCCCACUCCAUCGAAGGAGUACAAUACCUUUGGAAUACGUUACAGAAGUUAGAAUUUUCUUCAUUAAAUUUAAGAUAUGUCAAUUAAGACCCUGUUGAAAACUGUUUUAGUCAAAUUAGAAGUCACAAAUAUAGGAAUAAUAAUCCAAAUCCUCAUCAAUUUUUCAUUUACAACACUUAUCACUACUAAUUUCACAUCAAAGCAUUCUCUUUCUUCAAAUUGUAAAGAAAAUUACGAAGGUACAUCAUUAUCUCUUGCUAAAAUGAUCUCGGCAGCAGAAAUGAUUGAAAUAAGUGAUGAAGAAAAUGAUGAAAUAGACUGUGCAGAAAAUGCAAUAUCAUUACCAACAUCUGAUUUAUAUAUUGAUACAGAAAAAAUUAUAAAUAUUGUAAUUCGUAAAAUUACAAAACAAUGUGCACAAUAUUUGCAAAAUGCAGAUACUUUGAAAAGUAUACAGCAUUGUAGGAAAUAAUAUACACUCGUAGGUUAACAGUACAACACAACGUAAAAGUAUAUUUAAGGGGUAACACCACUCUAGAAUUUUCAAAAAAUCGAUUUUUUUUUUUGGCUUAAACAAUAGUUUAAGGCCCUAAAAUAGUAUCCAAGUAAUUUUGUAAUGAAAAAAAAAUUUUAAACAAUUUAAUUCUUGAUUUUGCCGCAGAACGUCGGAGCGCUCGUUGAGCGCGUUGAAACGAUCUGGCGACGCGCUCACUUUUAUACUGCUUUUACCUGCCGAAACUAUAAGCGACCUUGUUACUUGUAGAGCAAAGGUCUCUCGAAUUCCUUAGGUGUCCACCAGGGUGCGUAAUUGUAUAAUAAACGUGCAUGUGUGAGUCAGUACAGCUGCAAAGUUAACGCCGAACACACGUGUCCGUUAAAUUUUUGUCUUUGUAUGAAUAUUGUAUAAAUAUAAAUUAUUAUUAGUAUUUCCUUUUUUUUGAAAAGUGUAAUAAAAGUAACAUGAAUAGUGGAAAACGAGUGUAUAGUGGAAAAAAGGCUGAAAGGACCGGUUCCUCCAGUUCGAAAAGACUAAAAAUAUCAGGGCGUCGGCCGAGUAACCGUUACGAGUUAGAGAAGCCAAAUGUUGAAAGUCCUAGCACAUCAGCUAAAAAAUUAUCAGCGCCUAAUCCAGAUGAAUUUGAAAUACAAGAAGGCUUUGGAUACAGAAUUUUGGACUUCUUAACAGUGUUCACUGCUAUAUCGCAGGCAGUUGUGUGCAAAAAAUGCAAAUCUGAUAUAAAAUUCACCGAAUGUGGAAUGCGUGGCUUGGGAUUUAAAAUUGUGAUUACCUGUGUAGAGUGUGAUCAAAUAUUUAUACCCAGUUCUCCAUUCAUCGAAAAAGGAUAUGACAUUAACCGUAGAAUCAUUUUAGCUAUGCGGCUUUUGGGAGUAUUAAAUGACAUAAUGAAGUUUUGUGCAUUUAUGGAUCUUCCCCGUCCAAUAUUUCAAUCUUUUUAUGAUCGUGUUGUGCAGAAAAUUUCUGUUGAAGCAGAGAAGGUUUGCCAGCAGAGUAUGAAAACUGCAGCUCAAAAAGAGAAAGUUACAAGUAUUGAGAAGGGCCUCUCAAAUGGCAUUACAGUCUCUGGUGAUGGCUCAUGGAGAAAGCAUGGCUUUUCUUCGCUUUUCGGCUUCGUCUCGCUCAUUGGUUGGCAUACUGGCCAACUGGUCGAUGUUUUAAUAAAAUUUAAAUAUUGCAAGGCUUGUGAGUAUUGGGAAAAAAAAAAGACACCGAAGAGUACAAAGAAUGGGCCGCAUCUCAUGAAAACGAAUGCCAAGCAAACCACGUCGGCUCAGCGGGAAAGAUGGAAGUGGAUGCAGUUAUUGAAAUAUUCCAGCGCUCUGAAUCCUUGCACGAUUUGAAGUAUGUUAAUUAUAUAGGCGAUGAUGAUUCAAAAACAUUUAAAGGUAUUUUAGAUGCAGAACCUUAUGAAAACUUUACUGUAACGAAGAAAAAAUAUGUUGAUCACGUGCAAAGACGAAUAAACUCUCGCCUUCGUAAUUUAAAAAAAAAAUACAAAAGGUCUCGGAGGAAAAGGUAAGCUUACCGGAAAACUGAUUGACGAAUUGGCAAUUUAUUAUGGCUUAGCAAUACGCAGAAAUCACGAUUCGGUGGAGAAUAUGCGAAAUGCCAUUUACGCAACAUUGAACCACAAACUGUCGACAGAUGAAAAACCUAUGCACGAUAAAUGCCCGCGUGGUGAAAAUUCAUGGUGCUCGUGGCAGAGAACGCAGGCGGGAGCGGUGCACUUGGACACGGUGCAUUUGGACACAGCCAAUCACAGCACCGUGUGAUUAGAGGCAUUUGUAGGGUCCCUUGGAACAGCGACUUGUGAUUGGACUGUGUCCAAUUGCCCCGUGUCCAACUGAUAUACACCCGGCGCAGGCGACUGGAGACACAAGUUAUAAGCAUAAGCCAACUCUCCCACAAGAAGUUUAUAAAGCCAUUUAUCCAAUUUAUAAAGAUUUAACGUCUGAAGAUUUGCUUACUCGUUGUUUAGGCGGCUUUACUCAAAAUAGCAACGAGAGUUUCAAUGCGGUCGUGUGGUCUAAAUCAACUUCUAGUGGCAAACAUGUAUUAGAUACUGCGGUAUAUAUUGCUGCAGGCAUUUAUAAUGAUGGCCUAUC